GGACUCCGGGCAGAGGCGCAUCGGGCUGGACUCCGGGCAGAGGCGCACCGGGCCGGACUCCGGGCAGAGGCGCAUCGGGCUGGACUCCGGGCAGAGGCGCAUCGGAUCACCAGGCGUGACAGCGGGCACUGGGUCAUCAGGCGUUGGAUCGUCUGGCUCGACAGCGGGCAUGGGGUCACCAGGCAUGACAGCGGGCACCGGGUCAUCAGGCAUGAUAGGAUCAUCAGGCUGGAUCAGCUGGGUACAGACAUCAGGCUGAAGUGCGGGUGCCGAGGCACCAGGCUGAACCACGGAAGGCAGGUUCUCAGA